AAAAAAAAUUAAAAUUCACUAAAGUUAAAUUAAUUAAAUUGAAAACGAAAAAAAAUUGUAUAAGUGAUAUCUUCCGUUGAAGACAUGAACUUUCAAUGCGCAAAUAAAUGACGAGUAGUGGCGACGACGACUGGCGCGGUAACGAGACGAAGGAAAUGACAUUUCGAAAGAAGUCGUCUCCAAAAAUGAUGCUUUUGUUCUAUGAUGUUGACUUUUCAUUUCGAUUCCAAUAAAAUUUAAAGCAAACAACUUUUCUCUCCAAUCCAUACAAAUUUAAAAAACAAAGUUCAACCUGCUAUCCAUCAGGAUAGAAAAAGGAUAUAAAAAAAACUACGUAAAAUAUUUCUGAAAUAAGACUCCUCACAUCUCUUGAUUUUAAAAUAAUAUGAAAUUUGAGAACCAAGUCAAGAAGAUUGUUCAUAUGUCAGCGACACAAAUGCAUAAUCAUGAUGUCGUUGAUAGGGUUGACUACAACCACACCAUCAGGAGGACCAACGUCAGGACAACUCGUAGGCAGUGUGCUGAUGACAUUGUGGCUACCCGAGUCCCUACGCUGGAUGUUGUAUAAAGUUUUGAUUAGCAUCGCAUUAAUACUUACAAUACGCAAUGAGAUUCCAGUCCAUGGAACGAAUAUCAGACUGACCCAACGUAACAACCAUGCAAAUAUUUCGGAACUUUUGGAUAAUCUACUGCGUGGCUAUGACAAUAGUGUACGACCGGAUUUCGGAGGACCACCAGCAACAAUUGAAGUUGACAUAAUGGUGCGUAGUAUGGGACCAAUUUCGGAAGUUGACAUGACAUAUUCAAUGGAUUGUUAUUUUCGUCAGUCAUGGGUGGAUAAACGUUUAGCCUUUCAAGGAGCUCAGGAUACAUUGGCAUUGAGCGUUUCAAUGUUAGCAAGAAUUUGGAAGCCCGACACUUACUUUUAUAAUGGAAAACAAAGUUAUCUACACACAAUUACAACUCCAAAUAAAUUUGUUCGAAUUUAUCAAGACGGUAGAGUUCUAUACUCAAGCAGGUUAACCAUAAAAGCUGGAUGCCCCAUGAAUUUGGAGGACUUCCCAAUGGAUAUCCAGCGGUGUCCUCUUAAGUUUGGUUCAUUUGGAUACACUACAAACGAUGUCCUUUAUCGAUGGAAUCGAGCACGUCAGCCCGUGGCCAUUGCCGAGGAUAUGAAACUUUCUCAAUUUGAUUUGGUCGAUUGUCCUGCUGGCAAUACAACAGAUACCGUUCAAAAGAUUCACACCAAAUCCACCAAGUCAAGGACACACAAUCAGCACUUACAGCAUAAGGAACAAGUUAGAACUAUCAAAGCUGAAUAUUCAAUGCUGAUGGUGAAUUUCCAUCUACAACGUCACAUGGGAAACUUUCUUAUUCAGGUGUAUGGACCAUGCUGCCUCCUGGUGGUAUUGUCAUGGGUGUCAUUUUGGCUUAAUCGAGAGGCAACCGCAGACAGAGUAUCUUUGGGCAUAACAACCGUUCUAACGAUGACAUUUCUUGGAUUGGAAGCAAGAACUGACUUACCAAAAGUGCCCUAUCCCACAGCACUCGACUUUUUUGUCUUUCUAUCGUUUGCUUUUAUAUUUGCCACUAUUUUACAAUUCGCCGUUGUGCACUACUUUACCAAAUACGGUUCUGGAGAGUGUUAUUUUAUUAUCGACGAUGAAGAUAGCGCUUCGGAUACGGAUCAUGAGGAUGAGGCGACACUGAGGAAUAUCAGUGGAAUGCCUUCGGAAUUCAAUACGAGCACCGAAUCGAAAAUCUACGAAGUUAUACCGCUGUCUAUGUGUUCAUUUCCAAUAGCGCCAUCGAAUCGACGGCCUUAUCGUUAUUCGUGUUUUGGUUUUCGAUGUUUUCGAAAGGACGAAAAACACAAAACUGCCAAAGAGCAUACAGUCGCCGAGGAAGUCGUUCAGUUGAGGGCUGAGGAAACAACUGCACCGUCCCGUCGGGCAUCAUCAUUUCGCCCUGAGGAGGCCCAAUUUAAAACAAAAUCCAAACGAAAGCCACGUCAACCACAAUUCAACUCGGUUUCGAAAAUCGAUCGAGCUUCGAGAGUUGUAUUUCCAUUGUUAUUUCUUAUCAUCAAUUUAUUCUAUUGGACAGCUUAUUUGUCAAGAAGUUCGCGAAUUUUAACAGGCAUAGACUCGGGUUCUUGAUGUUAUCUUUUAGCAAUUUAGACAAGUCCAAGAAGAAAAUUGAGAAGAAACAAAUAAACACAAGGGAAAGGUUUGACUCUGGAGAUCGGGAUAACAUCAGCCAAGGACAUGGAUAUAAAAUUUUGAAUUUUGGUUUAAACUUCAUUCUUCUACUAAAUUGCUAAAAGAAAUAAAAACAAGUAUUAUUUUAAAUGGACUCUACAACAGCUUAUUAUAUAAAUUAAUAUUAUUAAUAUUGCUUUGAUAUUUUGUAGGCUUAAGCUUACCCUGAUGUCAUAAACGAGUGAAUAUUCCACAACGAAUAACUAACGAUUACUAUUCCACUCGUUAGUCUCUUCUUAAAGCGAUUAGUUUUUCAAUGAAAAAAUCGGAAGAAACGUAGAUCAUUCGCUAUAGAUUAGGAGCGAGUAGUAGUUAGCGAGUGCACACGUAUUCUUUUUGUCAAAUUACUCGUUGGUGAACUAAUUUCGAAUAGUCUAGCUAGUGAAAUAGUGAUUUAAAGUUAUCAGUAACUCGCUAGAGUUUAUUUACUCGUUUGGCCUAUGGGUUAUCAAGAAAUAUAAAAAGAAAAUAUCACAAAAACUUACCAUUUAGUUGCAAUAAUUGACAAAUGAAUUAGUGAAUUAAAAAAAAAAAAACAGAACGCUACUAAUAAUUACUUUUAAUGUACAAUGACAGAGAUGCACUUGAAAAGGAUUUUAAUAAAGUUAUUUCAGCCGUUUUUCAUUGAUAGCUAUGAUCCCUAUAAAACACAAGAUUUUAUUUUGUGAGUUAUAUUUAGAUAGAAUAAGCUAAGAAGAAAGACAUUUUUAUGUCACCUUCUCUCUGUAUAGAUCAUAAGCUGAUAUAAUCAAAUACGGCUAAAAAUAAGCUUGCAUCAAACUAUAACCAGAUGGCAAUAAUUAAAUGAAUGGUACCUACAAAAAUCAAAAAAUGUUUAACUCAUAAGCUUUUUCAAUUGUUAUAACUACGCACUAUUUUAAUUAUCAAAAUAAGUUAUCAUUUUCUUUAAGGUUUAAAAAUUCAAUAGUUUUGUUAAUUAAAGACAUUUUAAAUUAUUAUAAAUUAUAUUACUUAUAUUGUAAUUUUAUUUUUAGGAUAUAAAAAUGACCAUGUAUUUUGAAGACUUGUACAA